CAGGCGUCGCGCUGGUGGACUCCGCGGCCACCUGCUGCUGCUGCUGCUGCCCCCGCGUCCGGCAUGGCUGGCAAAGCACACAGGCUGAGUGCUGAGGAAAGGGACCAGCUGCUGCCAAACCUGCGGGCCGUGGGAUGGAACGAGCUGGAAGGCCGGGAUGCCAUCUUCAAGCAGUUCCAUUUCAAAGACUUUAAUCGGGCUUUUGGCUUCAUGACAAGAGUGGCUCUGCAGGCUGAGAAAUUGGACCACCAUCCCGAAUGGUUUAACGUGUAUAACAAGGUCCACAUCACCCUGAGCACUCACGAGUGUGCGGGCCUUUCAGAACGGGACAUAAACCUGGCCAGCUUCAUCGAGCAAGUAGCAGUGACCAUGACGUAGACCCUGCCCUUCUGUCAGCUUUUCCGGGGAAGGGAGGGCGCUGAGCUGGGGAUCCAGAGAGGGAGCUGGGGGAGCCCCGAGAUGCUACUGUAGUCAGAACUGCCAAAUCAACCCUGCUGCCUCUGUUUAGGGGCAAGUCCUUGCUGUUGGAAGGAGAGGCCAACAUCACUGCUAAGACCAGGAGCUCAGACCGGUUUUACCCCGCAUCAUUUUUAUCUUCCUUGAGGCUCUAGGAUGUGUACGCUGAUUUGAAUAAGCUCUUCUCUUUCAUUACAACUCUCCAGCAAAAAUAAUGACUUUAUUUCCAAGCUGUGUCUUGCUCACUUUCUAAUUCACUUCCCAAAAAGCUGUGAUAAAAGCUGUGUCUAAGAUAAACAGUCUUAUCUUAGAAGCUAGGACCCUAGGGCCAUCUCUAGCCUAUGUGACAGAAACCCAUGCACUCU